AUGUCAAUUUACGAGACUGUCCUGAAUGAAGAUUACAGUUGGCCAGAGGCCUUCGGAGAGCUGCCCUUAAAACUUGAACCCAGUAUGGUUGACCGGCUGGAUCCAGAGUAUGUUUCGUUUUUCAAUGAAAUUCUAUGCAACAGACCUGAUAUAUUGGAAACGCAUAAGUUUCCAGUGGCUAAGACAAAAGCUGGGGGGAACGUGAUCCCCGGACAAGCGCCGGCGAUGGAAAUGGCACAAGUGUAUGACGUGACGAUUCCGCGCAAAUACACUUCUGCUGCAAGCUCAAUUGACGCUCGAGUGUUUGUUCCGAAGGGCGAAAUGCCAGCUAGUGGUUGGCCAUGCACUGUCUGGUAUCACGGUGGUGGAUGGGUGUUGGGAAACAUUUCGACGGAAAAUUCGUACUGCACGCACCUGGCCCAGCUUGCGCAGUGCGUCGUGAUUACCGUUGACUAUCGAUUGGCGCCUGAAUUUCCGUUUCCGGCCUGUGUCGACGAUGCCUUCGAAGCUCUCCUGUAUGUGUUAGAGAACCCAGGAAUCUUGAAAAUUGAUAAUGCUAAAGUUUGCCCAGCAGGGUCUUCAGCCGGCGGCAACUUGGCAGCUAUAAUGACCCAUAAAUAUGCAGCAUCUUCAUUAUCUAAGGGGCUUCCUCCCCUCAAGUUUCAGAUGAUGGUGGUUCCAGUUACUGACAAUACGGCCACUGCUGAUACGAGACCAUCGUGGAAGGAAAACGAAAGAACGCCACAGCUACCGGCCACAAAGAUGCUGUGGUAUAGAAAGAUCUACCUGCCUGAGGCUGGAGAAACAUUGGCAGAUCCUGAAUCUAGUCCUUUGUUCUACGGAGAUGAAAGCUUUAAAAAAGUACCACCUGCCUUUAUAGCGGCCGCUGAAUGUGAUGUUCUUAGGUCAGAGGCAGAGGCAUAUUGUGAGAAGCUAAUCGAGAAUGGAAUCAACGCCAAGAUAAAGAUAUAUAAAGGGAUGCCGCACACCGCGAUGGUCAUGAACGAAAGACUGGAACAUGGCGCCAAUCUGGUGAAAGAUACCAUUGAAAGCGUCAAAUCCGCUUUUUACGAGGCAUGA